UGUUUAUUUAAUUAUUCUUGUAUUUUGGCACUUGUUCCAUGCCUUGGAUUAAUGACUCAUUGGGACAGAAGAAAAGGGCAUGCAUGUUGUUCUUCUUCUCCAUCUCCAUGAACAACACCAAGAGGAUUUCUUCAUUCUCUGAGUCUUUUCUUUCCCACAGGAGAAAAGUGUUUGCUGGUUUUGGUUUAGUUGUUGCAUCUUCUCUUUUCAUAAUCUCAUUGUUCUUCUUCCUCGGUACUAAUAACUCGGUUCCCAAGGUUGAACAUGUCUUUGUUCCACCGUUUUAUGACACUUAUUAUUCUUCACCUUGUAACAAUCACUUCCACCCUUCUAAUAAUGUUUCUCAUCAUGAAACUUCAACUUUAGCAAGUGUUUCUGUUCAUGUGAAGAACAAUAGCACUAUUUUGGUGAAUUCUACUACUAAUGAGAAUAAUAGAAACAACAAUGCAACCUUGCAUGCACAUGAUGAGGAAAGAGUAAUUUCAAGGAAAACUGCAGGUGGUGGGAAUUCAUCUAGGAUCUCCAAAGAUUCAAACUUUCAUGAUGGAGGAAUAAGGGUUGUUACAAAUUAUUCAAGUGUUUCUGGGGAAGGGAAUAACAAUGGGACAGAAAUGAAAAGUUCUUCAAGUUUAAUUAUAAGUAGUCCUAAUAAUGUGGGGUAUGAGCAAAGCAAGAAGAAUGUAACUGGCAUUAUUCAUGAUGGUUUGUAUGAGAAUUGUAACAUAUUUGGUGGGAAGUGGGUAAGGGAUGAUUCAAAGCCUUACUAUCCAUUAGGUUCUUGUCCCUUCAUUGACAGAGAUUUUGACUGUCACAGUAAUAAGAGGCCUGAUUCUGAGUAUGUCAAGUGGAAGUGGAAGCCAAAUGGGUGUCACAUUCCAAGUUUGAAUGCAAGUGAUUUUCUGGAGAGGCUUAGAGGACAGAGGUUGGUUUUUGUGGGAGAUUCCCUUAACAGGAACAUGUGGGAGUCCCUUGUAUGCAUCCUUCGCCAAAGCAUAAAAAACAAGGCACGUGUUUUUGAGAUCUCGGGAAAAAGGGAAUUUAAGAAGAAAGGUGUCUAUGCUUUUAGAUUUGAGGAUUAUAAUUGCUCGGUGGAUUUUGUUAUGUCACCAUUCAUUGUUCAAGAGUCAACUCUCAAAGGCAAGAAUGGGACAUUUGAGACACUGAGGCUGGAUUUGAUGGACCAAACAACUAAAAAGUAUGAGGAUGCUGAUAUCAUAGUCUUCAACACAGGACAUUGGUGGACCCAUGAGAAAACAUCUAAAGGAGAAGAUUACUAUCAAGAAGGGAACCAUGUAUACCCAAGACUUAAGGCUUUGGAUGCAUACAAGAGGGCUUUGACCACUUGGGCUACAUGGGUUGACCGACACAUUGAUCCUAAUCAAACCCGGGUUUUCUUCAGGGGAUACUCAACUACACAUUUCUGGGGAGGGCAAUGGAACUCAGGAGGACAGUGCCACAAAGAAACUGAGCCAAUAUUCAAUGAAACUUACUUGCAAAAGUAUCCUUCAAAGAUGAGGGUUGUGGAGUAUGUUAUCCAUAACAUGAAGACACCAGUUGUGUACAUGAACAUUAGCAGGCUUACUGAUUACAGAAAAGAUGGGCAUCCUUCCAUAUAUAGAAAGGAUUAUAAACCAUCAACAACAGAUCAGAACAACUCUCUAUUUGAAGAUUGCAGCCAUUGGUGUUUACCAGGAGUGCCAGAUACUUGGAAUGAAUUACUAUAUGUUUCUCUCUUAAAAGAUGGAAGGGGAACUUGGAAAACUUGAUGAUCUUCCACUAUUUUACUAAUUUCAAGAGGGUUUUAUGCCCACUGUGCAUUUGCAAGUUGGGAUUUAGGGAGCUUGUGUUUUGGGGAAUGUUUUUACAUUUUUGGAAACUUUUUGAGAAUUUUAUGAAAAUUCUCGAAAAUGUAAAAACAUUCUGCGAACCACAUGCCCCAAUAAGAGAAAUGGAAGAACCGGAAAGCCGGAAGAGUAAUCGCUUCAAUAUUCCAACUCGCAAUCGCGACCAAGAGAAUGGCCACCCGGCACACGUAUAUCAUCAGCUCAAACAACUCGAAUGUCUAAUUCUGAGUUUUUUCCACUAGAAAUGUUGUUCAUAUAUAAGGUUGUAUUGAGUUAGCUAUAUAUAGUUUGAUUGAGUGACAAGAUUGUGUAUAGGCUUUUUACAAAUUACACUCAUCUAGCUACAAGGACAUGCCAUUAUACCUUGGAUGGCACAUCAUUUUCAAAUUUUUUAGCUGUUAUUUUCAGUAUCUUAUGACAGAUUUGGUUGCAGACAAUAAUGAAGAAUCAAAUUUUGUGUAAAAGGGUGUUGUUUUUUUUAAGUAAUUACUGAGGUAGAAGCUGUCCUAAGGGAACUGGGAAUUGAUAAUCCAUUGAAGUGUUAAACCAAUAAGGGGCUAAAUAGGCAUCUAGAUCUUGGAAACCAACAAUUUCAA